AUGACGCAGCCGACCGCGAUUCUGUCCGUGUACGACAAGACGGGCCUCAUCGAGCUCGCGCAGGGCCUCGCCGCGAAGGGCGUGCGCCUUCUCGGCAGUGGCGGCACCGCGCGCGCUGUGCGCGAGGCGGGCCUCGAGAUCGGCGAUGUGUCGGAUGUGACGCAGGCGCCGGAGAUCCUCGGCGGGCGCGUCAAGACGCUGCAUCCCGCGGUGCAUGGCGGCAUCCUCGCGCGCACGUCGCUCGACUCGGACCGCAAGGACCUGGAGGCACAGCACAUUGCGCCAAUCGACAUUGUGGUGUGCAACCUGUACCCGUUCGAGGCGACCGUCGCGCGCGACCCUGCGCCGACGAUCGCCGAGGCCGUCGAGGAGGUCGACAUCGGCGGCGUCACGCUGAUCCGUGCGGCCGCGAAGAACCACGACCGCGUGUGGGUGCUGUGUGACCCGAGCGACUAUGCGACGUUCCUGGCGCAGUACGGCGAGGCGACCGAGGCCGCGAAGCAGAGCCGCGAGCGCCUCGCGCUCAAGGGCUUCACGCACACGGCGCACUACGACACGGCGAUCAGCCAGUACUUCCGCGAGCAGUACGCGUCGCCGCCGCGCGAGCCUGUGCAGCACAUCGCGCUGCGCUACGGCGCGAACCCGCACCAGACCCCCGCGCGGGCGUUUGUGCAGGACGGCGCGCUGCCGUUCACGGCGCUCAGUGGGUCGCCCGGCUACAUCAACCUGCUCGAUGGCCUGAACGCGUGGGCGCUCGUCAAGGAGCUCAGCGAGGCGACGCAGCGCCCCGCCGCCGCGUCGUUCAAGCACGUGUCGCCCGCCGGGGCGGCCGUCGCCGUGCCGCUGUCGGACGCCGAGGCGCGCGCGUACUUUGUCGCGGACCUGGGCGAGCUCUCGCCGGUCGCCACGGCGUACGCGCGUGCGCGUGGCGCCGACCGCAUGAGCAGCUUUGGCGACUUUAUCGCUCUCUCGCACCCCUGUGACGAGCAGACGGCGAAGAUGAUCUCGCGUGAGGUCAGUGAUGGCGUGAUCGCGCCGGGCUACGAGCCCGCCGCGCUCGAGGCGCUGCGCGCGAAGAAGGGCGGCAAGUACUGCGUGCUGCAGAUGGACGCGUCCUACGUCCCGAGCACGAUCGAGUCGCGCCAGGUGUACGGCGUGACGCUGCAGCAGCGCCGCAACGACCUGGCCAUCACGCCCGCGCUGUUCCAGAACGUGGUCAGCGCGGCGAAGGACGUCCCCGAGUCGGCGGUGCUGGACAUGAUCGUCGCUACGAUCGCGCUCAAGUACACGCAGUCGAACAGUGUGUGCUACGCGCUGCGCGGCCAGGUGAUCGGCCUCGGCGCCGGCCAGCAGUCGCGCAUCCACUGCACGCGCCUCGCGGGAGCCAAGGCGGACAACUGGUGGCUGCGCCAGCACCCCCGUGUGCUGGCGCUGCCGUUCAAGAAGGGCACGAAGCGCCCCGAGAAGAGCAACGCGAUCGACCUCUUCGUCGAGGGCACGCCACUCGACGGCGAGGAGCGCGCGCAGUGGGAGUCGGUGUUUGACGAGGUGCCCGCGGCGCUCUCAGCGGACGAGCGUGCCGCGCACGCCCAGGCGCUGCGCGACGUCGUCGUCGCCAGCGACGCCUUCUUCCCCUUCCCCGACAAUGUGCACCGCGCCGCCCGCUCAGGCGCCAAGUACAUCGCGGCGCCGGGCGGCAGCGUCAUGGACGAGGCGUGCGUCGCCGCGGCCGACGCGCACGGCAUGGUCGUCGCGCGCACGAAUGUGCGUCUGUUCCACCACUAG